AUGCCGCCGGCCAACGGGCCGGCCUCCGGGCCCCUGGGCGGGCUCCUCAGCCAGGUGGAGCUCUGCCUGGUAUGCACCCGCUGCAGCGAGCGGGUGAACGAGAGCACGUACACCCUGCGGGAGGUGGAGCACGCCUGCCCGCGGGAGAUCCUGCUGGCCCGGGCCAGGAAAGCCAAGAAGCAGGAGGAGUGGAGGAAGGUGGGCCGGAGGCCGGACUUCCCCCGGCCGGCCCGUUACGAGGUCUGCCGGUACUACAGCCCCCGGGACGGGUGCCGGAAACAUCGCAACCAGUGCACAUUUGCCCGCAGCCCCGAGGAGGCUCUGGUCUGGACCUUCGAGAGGGAGCACAACGUCAAGAGGCUGUGGCUCAAAGCCGAGGUGGCGGGAGCGCAGAGCCAGGCGGCCCGCGCCCCGGCCAGGGCCUCCGGCACGGGGGAGGAGAUCCGCACUGAGUUCGGGGGGCGCUUCCAGGAGGUCUGCAAGCCCUGCUUCUACCAGCGCCCGGCCCGGAUCUUCGCCGUGGGCCCCGGGGAGCAGUGCCCCGAGCACAAGACCCGACUGCCCGUCCUGGUGCACGUGACGGGCGAGAGCCGGAAGAAGAGGCGCUACACGGAGAUCAGGCCCCUGCCCAAGGCCGGCCAGCAGCUGGACUUCUGCAUGUACGUCUCGCGGGGCCAGCCGUGCCGUCACGGCGCCUCCCGCUGCCACUACGCCCACAGCGACGUGGAGAUGGCGGUGUGGGAGGCCGAGCGAGCCCGGAGGCUCGUGCGCUCGGCUCUGCUCCGGCCCGAGGGGACGGCGGCCCCGGAGGCGGCGGGGGACCCGAAGGCGGCCCACGGGGCCGGCGGAGGCCCGGUCACCGGGCCCAAGGUGCAGCUCUAUUGCCCCGCUUGCCUGGUGACCUGCAGCUCUCAGGAAAACUUUGAGAACCACUGUGCCACCCUGGAGCACACGCAGAUGGUCUCCUACGACCAAGUCCCGCAGUGGCGCCACCGGGCACCGCCCUUUGGGUUGACCAAGUUCAAGCUCUGCAGCAGGCCGGACAUCUGCGUCUACGGAACGGGCUGUACGCAGGCCCACUCCCCGGAGGAGCUGCAGGAGUGGAUCCAGCGGGCCCAGGCCACCAGGACCAAAGCCGAGUCGGCCCGGCAGGACGGGCUGCUCUCCUACUCAGACCGGCUCAUCUUCGACUACCAGCACUGCAGCAACGAAGUCCUCGUUAUAUCCGAGAAGGUGGAGAACGUGGUGGUUCUCUGCAAGCAGCCCCUGAGGGUCCAUUCGGAAGACAGGAGGCUGAAGUACAAGUGGACGUUUAUCAUCAGCUCCAUGGACCCUCUGUUGCACGUGGCUCUUCUGAAGAGGUUGACCGGGGCCACCUUCUCCCUGGUGGCCGAAGGGCUCCAGCGGGGAGUGAGCUAUGCUCAGGGGGAGCGGUUCCACGUGCCGGGCACCGCGCUGACCUCCCAGGUAGAGGUCCGGAUGGACUGCGUGACCUUCGGCGCCUACGAGCAGUGGGUGGUCUUUGAUUUCGGCCACCGCCCCGUCCUGCUGCAGAAGUUACAGGUGACGGUGGGCCGGCGGGACAGCCCCUCGCCCCAGGCCCCGCCGCGGGAUGAGGGUCGCUUCGUGGACUUGGCCCGCUGGCACGGGGGAAACCGACACAUCAUUCCCAGCGUGAAGAGGAGCAGCGACGACCUGCAGCUGCUGGCCAAAUACAAGGUGCCCGCGCUUGCCCUGGAGUUCCGGCCGGGCGGCCUGGCCCAGGGCCCAGCCACCCGCUUCAACUAUCGUGAGAAGAUGCAUCACUUCUUGUAUCUGGAAGAGGAGACCCAGCAGCGGCUUGUGGCCAAGCUCAACCUCCAGGUCACGGUCUCGCUCAUGUCGAUGCUGCAGACGCUCGCCGUGGGCAUGAAGUUCGCGCCCCCUGGGGAGCUGUAUGCCGAGGUGCCCAUCCCCUGCGCUCUGACGCCGGACACGGACCAGGGCUACCUGUUGAGCCGGGCGGUCAACACGGCCUACUUGGCGCCCGUCCCUGCGCCAGACAACCUGGUGUAUGAGGUCUGCGUGGAGGGCAAGGCCACGAGCGAGCGCAGCGUGUGGCUGCAGCUGCCCGCCCGUUGCUGCGCGAAAAUGGACCUGCGGGCGGGGACCACCUCCCAGGUGGAGGUCCAGUUCCAGAUCGACCGGCUCCUGUUCCGCCGGUGGCACCAGGCCGUGGACACCCUGAUGGACGAGAGGCUGGUGGUGCCCGACGUGCCCGCCUGCUCCCUGCCCCGACUGAAGCCGCCCCCCGCGACCCUCAAUGGCAACCGGAAACAGAAGCUGGCCAUCUCGUUCAUCACCGGGGAGGCCGCUGGCAUCCGCCAGGUGCCCCCUCUUCUCAUCUACGGUCCUUUCGGAACGGGCAAGACCUACACCCUGGCCAUGGCCACCCUGGAGAUUAUUAAACAGCCCCAGACCAAGGUGCUGAUUUGUACCCACACCAACAGCGCGGCCGACAUCUACAUCCGGGAGUACUUCCACGCCCACGUCACGGACGGGCACCCCGAGGCCGUCCCGCUGAGGGUCAUUCCCAGCGACCGCUCCAUCAGCCAGACCGACCCGAUCACCCUGCAGUACUGCUGCCUCGCCGAGAACCAACUCUGUUUCCGCCAGCCCUCCCCGGCCGAGCUCGACCAGCACCGGGUCAUCAUCUCCACCACGACCCACUCCCGGGACCUCCGCGUGCCCGCCGGUUACUUCUCUCACAUCCUUAUCGACGAGGCGGCGCAGAUGCUGGAGUGCGAGGCGCUGAUCCCCCUGGCCUACGCCAACCUGGACACCCGCGUCGUGUUGGCCGGAGACCACAUGCAGGUGACCCCCAAACUCUUCUCCGUGGGAAACGGGCAGUCGGCGGAUCACACCCUGCUGAACCGGCUCUUCCAGUAUUACCAGCGAGAGAAGCACGAGGUGGCUGUCCAGAGCCGGGUCAUCUUCCACGAGAACUACCGCUCCACUGAGGGCAUCGUCUCCUUCGUCUCCCGGCACUUCUACGUGGUGAAGGGCAACGCCAUCCAGGCCAGCGGCCGCAUCCCUCCCCACCCCGAGAUGUACCCGCUGGCGUUCUGCCACGUGGCCGGCACGCCGGAGCGGGACAUGUCCAUGACCUCGUGGUUCAAUGCCGCCGAGAUCCUGCAGGUCAUCGAGAAGGUGCAGGAGGUGUACCGGACGUGGCCCUGUGAGUGGGGGACCCCGGAGUUCAAGCGGAUCUGCGUGGUGUCCCACGGGAUGCAGGUGAAUGUGAUCCGGCAGGAGCUGAGGAAGAAAUAUUUGGGAGAAGUGGCGGUGGAGAACUUCGAGAACCUGCCAGGGCGGGAGUUCCGGGUGAUCAUCGUGAGCACCGUCCACAACCGAGACAGCCUCCUCAGCACCUCCGCUCCCAACCUGGAGUUCUUCAGCGAAGCCCGCGUGCUCAACACGGUGAUGACCCGGGCUCAGUCCCAGGUCAUCGCCGUGGGGGACGCCGUGGCCCUCUGCUCCUUCGGCCAGUGCAGCAGGGUGUGGAAGCACUUCAUCCAGGAGUGUAUCGAGAAGGGCAGCGUGUCUCCGGAAGGCCUGACCCUGGAGCAGAUCAAGCAGGACGUAGCCGACAAGCAGCGCUGGGCCAGGGGCCCCGGGGAGCAGGCGGAGGAGCAGGAAGACGAGGACGACAGCGACGCCGUCUCCUGGUCGUCGGACGCCGAGCUCAACACGGACGACCCCAUCCUCCGGGAGCUGCUGGAUGAGAGCAAGAACGUGGCGGUGACCGUGACCGAGGACGGCCUGCUGGACGUGAAGGCGGGGACCUCCUCCCGCCUGUCGGGCCGGCAGGAGUACGUCAGCUUCCCCGCUUCGACGCUGAACCGGUACCUGCGCAUGCACCCCAAGAUGUACAAGAGGUGCGAGCUGGUCAAAGAGGCCUUCGAGAAGGCGUCCGCCUUCAGCCUGGACGACUCCCCGCCCCUGAACAUUCAGAUCAAAGGCCGGGUCAACUGCGGCACGGCCUUCACCGGGGACCGGGUCCUGGUGGAGCUGCUGAGCCCCGGCUCGGAAGACGGGGCGUCGCCCCGCCCCCACGGCCGCGUGGUGGGCGUCCUGGAGAAGGCGGAGAGGGCGCGCACCUUCAUCUGCAAGAUGGACGAGUUCGACCACCGCGUGAUGAUCCCCAUCGACCCCUCGGUCACCAAGAUCUUCGUGCCCGUGGUUAAGGCCAAGCCCCACCUGGUCCCCAUCCGCCGCUUCAGCCGCGGGAAGAUCCAGCUGGUCAGCUACGAGAGGAUCACCGAGGAGACCAAGAGGAACCAGCUGUUCCACGUCCAGAUCAUCUCCUGGCGGGAGAGGUUCUACUACCCCCUGGGCAUCAUUCUGGAGAUCCUGCCCCUGGCGCUGACCCUGGACCAGGGCUUGAAGAUCCUGGACAUGGAAUACUGCCUGGCCCCCGGCCAGAAGUACCCGGCUCCGGUGACUAAGGAGGUGGCCAAGUUCCAGUCCGGCAAAGCCGCCGUCCCCCUGGGGCCCCGGCAGGACUUCCGCCCGUACCUGACCUUUACCGUGGACCCCCGGGGCUCGCGGGACCUAGACGACGCCAUCAGCGUGCGGGACCUGGGCGGCCACUACGAGAUCGGGAUCCACAUCGCCGACGUGGCCAGCUUCGUGCCCCAAGACGGGGCCUUGGACCGGGAGGCGAAGAAGCGGGGGGCCACCUACUACGCCCCAAGCAGGGAGCCCGUGGGCAUGCUCCCCCCACAGCUGAGCCAGGACUUCUGCAGCCUCCUGCCCCAGCGGGACCGCCAGGCCGUCUCCCUGCUGCUCACCGUGGAGAAGAGCGGGGACAGGUUGGCGAAGCAGGACCUCGCCUCUUCCGUGAUCCGCUCGGACCGGCAGCUGUCCUACGAGGAAGCCGAGGCGCUCAUCAAGGGCCGCCCCGGCGACGCCCCGCUCCGGUUCGACACCUUGGAGGACUGCGUUUUCGUGGCCUACCACUUCUCCCACGUGUCCCGCAGGGCCCGCCUCCAGGGCGACUGCUACUACGAGCAGCUGGACGAAGAGAACUCCCUGGGGAAUCGGGGCUCCCACCAGAUGAUCCAGGAGUACAUGAUCACGUUCAACAGCUUUGUGGCCGAGUUCCUGACCAACAAGGAGAACACCAGGAACAUCACCCCUCUGCGGUGCCAGGCCCGGCCCAACCCGCAGCAGGCGGGGCAGCUGAGGAACAAGUACAGCCACCUGUUGCCCAUGUCCAUCCACCUCUCCCACCACCUCCGGGCCCCGGCGGGCGGGCCGGCCCCGGCGGCCGGCCCCGGGUUCGGCCUCCUCACCCCGCUGUGGGAGCACCUGCAGCUCGCCGCCCGCGCCCGGGACUACCACAAGAUGGUGGACCUCAUCGCCACCGACGACGUCCACCCGCAGCUGGCCCCGGCCAGCCUGGAGUUUCGCAAGCUGCUGAGCCGCUCCUACUUCAGCCGCUCCAACUCCACGGCCCUGGCCCAGGUGGGCCACUACUCCCUGCAGGUGGACUGGUACACCUGGGCCUCGUCCCCCAUCCGCCGCUACAUCGACCUGGUGCUCCAGCGGCAGCUCCUCGCCGCCCUGGGCUGGGCGCCUCUCGGCUACUCCUCCGACGACAUCGACUUCCUGUGCCACGACUUCAACAGGAAGAACGGGCGGGCCCUGGCCUACGAGCGGCGGGCCCACUCCCUGCAGCUGGCCACGCAGCUCAAGGGCCAGGUGCUCCAGAAGCUGGCCUUCGUGGUCGGCGUGGAGCCGGAAAACCGCUUCUUCAAGGUGGUCUUCCCCAUGAACCGGGACACCUUGCCGGACCCUCACCUGAUCUACUACCGGGCGCUGCAGCUGGUCGAGCAGCCGGCCUUCGCCUCCGGCGACCGGGGCAUCAGGCUGAUGUGGAAGAGGAGGGUCUACUCCGCGGAGACCGGCAAGGAGUGCGCCCCGCUCCCCGGGAGGCUGCUGGACGACCAGACCACCCCCGUGAGCCCGUCCGUCUGGACCGACGUCCUCUCGGCCGUCCGGGCCGAGGAGUUCGGGCGGGCGGCCUCGCUGCUCCAGGGGAAGCAGGCGCCGCCUCCCCGGACGGUCGGGCUCGUGGCCCGGAGCAAGUGCUUCCACUACCUGGAACUGGCCCUGGAGCUGUGCGCCGGGGACGCCUUGACCAUGCAGCUGACCGCCGACGUCCAGCGGGGCUUCCUGGUGCCCUCCAUCCAGCUCUGGAGCCUCACCCCGGGGUUCGCCGUGUGUCUGGAGCACGCCGAGAAGCCCGUGGACUGCUUCACCCGCUACGCCACCCAGGCCACCAGGGACGCCUACAAGGACGCCCGGGAGUACUCCAGGGUGUGGGACCCUCUCUGCGCCAUGGAGUCGGCCACCAGCGCCGUGGCCGAGAACGACCCCAUCGUCCUGCGGGACGUCUGGAUCGCCUGGGAGCGGAAGAGGAAUCGCCAGGGGCAGCUGCAGGGCACCUUUUCCCUGGAGGACGACUUCCUGGAGGCCUGCGCCAUCGACGUCAACUUCUCUUCUUGCUACCUCUGCGUCCGGCUGGAGGGGCUGAAGCUCGGGACCCCGUCGGAGGAGGAGGAGGAGGAGGAAGAGGGGGGCCUGAGCGGCCGGCUCCGGGAGCUCAGUUUGUCCGGGGGGGCCGCCGCCGCCGCCACCGCCGCCCCGACGGCCGACUCCGGGCUCCGCAUCGACCCCGACACCUACACCUGGGUGGCCCACGGCCAGACGGAGGAGACGGACGGGGACGAAUCCAAAGCCGACCGGAGGGAACGGAAGUACAAGGUGCAGUUCUACUUGAACCACGUGUCCAUGGAGCACAUGCCGCCGGAGGUCACCCGGCCCAGGGCCAAAUUCACCAUUGAGCUCAUCCCCAAACUCCUCCCUGAUGUCCGGAGGGAAGAGGCCAUUUGGAAACUGCAGUGGUCAUCUUCCCUUGUCACCAGUAUCGCCCUGGGCCAGCCACUUCAGGAAGCGGUGACCAAGUCGAGCCUCCUGAAACAGAAGAUCUUUGAUGUACCCCGGGGCCAGCACAGGCUCAACAAGAGCCAGAACCGCGCCGUGCUGGAGGCUCUGCAGAAACCCUUCACCCUCAUCCAGGGCCCUCCAGGCACUGGGAAGACUGUGGUUGGAGUCCACAUUGUGUACUGGUUUCACCAGCUGAACCAGGAGAAGCAGCAAGAUUGGCAGCCCCUGGAAGGCGAGAAGAAGAAGAAGGAGACAAAGGAGAAAUGCAUCCUGUACUGUGGGCCUUCUAACAAGUCUGUUGACGUCGUCGCCGAAAUCCUGUUGAGAAUGAGGGGUUCCCUGCGGCCUCUCCGGGUGUACAGCGAGCAGGUGGAAGCCAUGGAGUUCCCUCCUCCCGGAAGCUGCCGGAACUUAUCCCGGAAACACAUUCGGGAAGGGAAGCCAAAGCCAGAGCUCAGGGAAAUCAUCCUUCACCAUCGCAUCCGGCUGCCGUCCAACCCGUGUUUUCAUGAGCUCAUCGAGUUUGACAAGAGAGUGAAGAAAGGAGAUCUGUUUACGAGUAACGAAAUUGAGAUAUUUAAGACAGUUCUCUCAAAGGCCAAAAGCUACGAGCUGUCCAGACACGAUGUCAUCCUCUGCACCUGCUCCUGUGCGGCCUCCAACAUCCUGACCAAGCUGAACACCAAGCAGAUCCUCAUCGAUGAGUGCAGCAUGUCCACGGAACCCGAGACGCUCAUCCCCCUGGUCAACCAUUCCCGGGCUGAGAAGGUGGUGUUACUGGGGGAUCACAAACAGCUGCGGCCCGUAGUCAACAACGACGCCUGCCGGAGCCUGGGAAUGGAAAAGUCCCUGUUUGAGCGCUAUCAGAGCCAAGCCCUGAUGCUGGACACACAGUACCGGAUGCACAAGGAUAUCUGCAGGUUUCCUUCGAAGGAGUUUUAUAACAACAGGCUUCAGACCUGCCCUGAUCUGAAAUGGCCCCCAAGUGUCUUUUUCCACAAAGAGAAAGCCUGCUGCCCCAUCAUCUUUGGUUACAUCGAGGGGAAGGAGCAGAGCCUCCUCGUCUCCACGGACGAGGGGAAUGAGAAUUCUAGAGCCAACCUGGAGGAGGUGGAGCAGGUGGUGCGGAUAGCGAAACAGCUAACUCUGGAUGGCACCAUUAAGCCCAAGAAUAUUGCCAUCCUAAGCCCCUACAAUGCCCAGGUGGCCGAAAUCAACAAGCGUCUCCUGAAGGAGGGGAUGGUUGGAGUCACCGUCUCUUCCAUCAUGAAGAGCCAAGGGAGCGAGUGGAAGUACGUGAUUCUCAGCAUUGUGCGGUCCUGCCCCCGCUCGGACAUUGACAGGAAGCCCACCAAGAGCUGGCUGAAGAAGCACCUGGGAUUUGUCACCGAUCCCAACCAGGUCAACGUAGGCAUCACCCGAGCACAGGAGGGAUUGUGCAUCAUUGGAAACCACUGCCUCUUGAAGUGCUGCCCGCUUUGGAAGCGGCUGCUGGAUUUCUAUCACCAGGAAGGUUGCUGUGUCCCAGCUCCUAACGUGUGCGUUAGAAAGAGGCCGGCCUUCCUCCCGUAAGGCUGGGCUCGCAGCCAGGACAGCAGGUGGGAAGACCAGGACCGGCCUUGAAGCCAGGCGACCUCUCCUCUCCUCGAGCCACUGGAUCAUUACAGUGCCCUCCCCCCAGCAUCUCCUGAUUCCCCUCAGUACAUCUAUCGAAGUUUUCGCCUUGGACGCUCUAAGCUCCAACAUUUUACACUUUUCUUAUGAAAACAAACAGAAAAAACAACCAAAAAAAGUUUUAUGGAAACUGCCCCCACCGCGGGAGCCUCCCUCAGUUGCUCCCCAGGUGCCUUCCGGGACGGUGGCUUUGCCUCAAGGACCAAAAGGACGCGCCCCAGCUCAGCAGAGCCACCCGACCGCUUUGGCCCACAGGGCUUCGGCCCUCCUGUCAGGGACCAGCCUUCCGAGAACCAGCAAUCCCUUCGAACGCCUAUGUAAAGUCUCUCCCCUGGCCCCGAGAGAAGGACACCGGGCGCUGGAAGGCCAUUUUAUUUAUUAAAGCAGAAGGACCAUUUGGUUUUAACCUGAAGGGAGAAGCAGGAAGAGAUUGUGAUCCUCUUGGCCCUUUUUUUUGGUUUGUUUUUUAAGUGCUCUUAAUUGAAAUUGUAAAUAUCCAUUUGUGAGCAAGGGGACUGGAGGCGCACUGAACUCCUCCCAACCUGGGCGACAAAGAGGAAUUCUGAGAGAAGUGGAUUUCCAUCGCAGACUGCGUGUCCAAGCCCUGUCCUGUGCGCUUUACUUGAAAGAUCCAAGAAAGAGAUAAUUUUUAUAAAUGCUUUUUUUUUAACUUA